AUGGCUACGGUAACGUCUUUACCGGACGCGGUAAUUAUUCAUAUUCUCUCUUAUCUCGACUAUCCUCGUUUGGUACGAUGCUCAAGGGUUUGUUCACGAUGGCACAGGCUCUGUUACGACCCCAGCUUGUGGAAAACUUUACGUAUUCGGCCGAAACAUGCUACGAAAGUGGCAGCUGAUACAGUCGCAAGGGUUGUCGCUCGAAGGACCAAUCUAAUUUCGAGCAUCAAUCUAACGAACUGUACAGGUUUAAAAGAUGAGUCUUUGAAGCAUAUUUCCUUAAACUGUCCAAACCUGAAAAAACUGUAUCUAAAUGGAUGUAAUUUAAUUACAGAUUACGGCAUUUUCGCUUUGGCGCGCAAUUGUGAUGCUUUGGAAACGGUUUCGAUACCUUUGAAGAAUGUUUCUGAGAGGGCUCUCUCUAAUUUGGUUAAAAAUAACUCAGGUUUACGGAAGCUGUACGCUUACUCCAUUGCGGUCACAGAAAACACAAUCAAGGUAAUUUCAUCAGGAUGUCCUGAACUUGAAAAAAUGAUCGUUUACGAGGCUUCCCUGGAGGACGAUCAGAAAAGUUAUGCUGAUGUUUUGACCGAUCAAAUGAUGCGGCUUUUGGCAAAUGGAUGCCGAAAAUUAAGAAAGUUGACCCUCAGGUAUAACCAAGUAUUGGUCAGCGACAGGAGUUUGGCGGCGUUAGCGAAAAAAUGCCGAAAACUGGAGUCUUUCGUGAUCGAUUAUUGCGACAAAGACGGAGGAAUAACUGACUUUGGAGUUUGUACAAUAGCUCACUUAUGCCGAAAUUUAAAAUGCUUGAACAUUUCCAAUGGCGUCAUCACCGAUGUGUCCUUGAUCGUAAUUGCUGAUCAACUGCCUUUUCUCGAGGAUUUGUCACUGGAAUUUAGCGAAAUUACCGACGUAGGAGUGUAUGCGCUGAUGAACAGAUGCGAAAAACUAGCAAGGCUUAUUGUCCAUAAUUCGGAUAGUAUUGAAACAGGUAUUACCGACAACACUGCUUGCGUGAUCGCGAAUUAUGCCAGCGAUGAGUUUCGAUCAUUGGGCCUUGGGUUCGCGGAUAUAACGGACGAAGGACUAAAAACGAUUUGUUUCAACGUGGAACUUUCGUUUCUGUCCAUAAACGGUUGUAGUAAACUCACUUAUGAAGGUCUUAAAUCGUGCUUUUGUUAUCUAGAUUGCUUGUGGAAUUUGGAUAUUUCUUUCACGGACAUUGUGGGCAAAGACGAACAGCUGUUGGAAAUAGGAAAUUCUCUACCAUGUUUGGAAACACUUGACAUUACGGAUUGUUUCAGCGUUUCACAAGAAAGCGUUAAGGCUUUCAAAGAAAAAUUUCCUCACUGUAAGGUAAAUAUGUAG